CUACGCCAUCAACCACGACGUCUUCCUCGACGAUCACACUCCACAAGCCCAGUCCAUUCGUCUUCACAGAACCUACAUUUCUCGUUUAUUUUUCCAGUCUCUCUAUCUGACGAAAUAAGAUGGCGGAUCAAUUGUCCGAAGAGCAAAUUUCUGAGUUCAAGGAGGCGUUCUCUCUCUUCGACAAGGACGGUGAUGGCACAAUCACCACCAAAGAGCUCGGAACCGUCAUGCGCUCCCUAGGCCAGAACCCCACUGAAGCCGAGCUGCAAGACAUGAUCAACGAGGUCGACGCAGACGGUAACGGCACCAUCGACUUCCCCGAAUUCCUCACCAUGAUGGCCCGCAAGAUGCGUGACACGGAUUCGGAGGAGGAGAUCAAGGAGGCGUUCAAGGUGUUCGACAAGGACGGGAACGGAUACAUCUCAGCUGCGGAGCUGAGGCACGUCAUGACCAACCUUGGCGAGAAGCUCUCCGACACCGAGGUCGACGAGAUGAUCCGUGAGGCAGACGUUGACGGUGACGGCCAAAUCAACUACGAUGAGUUCGUAAAGAUGAUGCUGUCGAAGUGAAGAAGAGGAAGUUAAGAAGUGAAUCGCUGGUGAUACGUAACCGAACAUUAUCGCCUUCGUUGUUGUCGACCUUUUUACCCGACUGUGUAUUACUCGAGCCUUGAUUGAUUACCCUGCGUUUCACCUUUUCACCUGUUGUUUGUUCAUAUUCGUAUUCGUAUCGGUUCAGUCGUGGUCGAUGCUUGCGUCGUUGAAUUCCUAUACGUUAUGUGUCGAAGGACACUGUUGUCUGACGGUCUGGCCUGCUCAGUUUAUCGCGUCGACAUGCCAUGCUGGGAAGAGGUGCAAGCCCGUCCUCUGACGGGGUCCUUAUCACUCGACCGUUGACCUCCUUUAACGUCCAUUGA